CAGUGUAAGACAUACUGUUGUUUUAUCAGUCAUAAUGUUUGUGUUAUUGUGUGUAUAUCUGCUCUCUAUAACUGAUGUCAGAACACAGACUCUGACCUGUCCUACAACCAUUAAUAAACCAGAUAACUUUCUAGUGAUUGGAGGGUCGGGUGGAGACUCCACUGCUGCUUGUGAGAACACAGCAGCUGCUACAUCAGCUGGUCUAGCUGCCGGGAUGAAUUCUGUAGAACUUGAUAUUAGUCUGAGCAAGGACCAGGUCGUCUUCCUCUGGAAUGAUCCGAACCCACUUGACCCGGAAGCUAUCGGUCGAUCACAGGGUUUGUUCUUGAACGGUCUGUGUCGGCCCCUGUUUAAAAGUAUUCUACCAGCUAGGGAUAUGGUCUACAGCUUGAUUAAGAAGAACUAUAUCUACGUGAACAGUAGUGGGAUAGAGCAGGCUACUGUUAUACCAACCCUUGCAGAGUGGAUGGAUCAGUUUGCUGCUAACUCACAACUAGAGAGAAUAUACAUUGAUGUGAAGUUGGUCGACAUCAGUUUAGCAGAUUUUCUCGUCAACCAUAUCUUUGACAAGAGUUCAGCCCUAGGAGUUAGUUCUAAGAUCAGAUUGUUCAGUUCAGAUUAUUCUAUGACCGCUGCUUUACAGACAGCACUUGGGAGGAAGGGUUUAAGUAUCAGCUUGGCAUCCCUAUAUUUCGGUAGUUCAGCUGCAAGCUUCCAUAUUGGUUCAGUUCCUCUCAACCCAGUUUCAGAAGCUGUAACAGAUUGCUACGAUACAGCAGCUGUCAGUCGAACAGCCAGCCAGGCAGGCUGGAGAGGAUACCAGGAUAUUAUCACCAGGUCUGUUGUUACCCGUAACUCUACUGAAGGAAGAUACCACAGUAUUAUCAGCUGGAAAGUAAACUCUGUAGAAAAAAUGGCUUGGCUUAUCUGUGCCGGGGUAGACGGGAUUAUUACAGAUGAGAUUUCUAUACUGAACUCCUUCUCGAUGAAGAAGAAGCUGGGGCUACUAACCUGCUGCACGGAGCUCACCACAUCCCACUGUAUGUCCAGGAUAGAUCCUGUAGUUGUUGGAGCAGGAUGCUCUAGCCAAGGGUUAACCUGGGCAGACCUCGAGGUCAAUCAGUGUCCUCUCUUUAACCUUGAUAUCCUCUACUCAGGAAUUAGGUUGACGUGCAAGCGACAACACUUUUGUGCAAUCUCAUGAUGAUUCACUCUGUUAUCAACUUAUCAUAGUUCUUAAAUUCUGCUUUUAAAACUGUGUCAAGUUGAGUCGUAAGUCAUAACACACUUAAAAACCGGUUUAUUGGUGCGACUUUGUGACCAUGUAGCUUGCCAAACAAGUAAGAGAAAAGCAAUUUUUCGGCUACAUGUUGGAAAUUCAGUUUUGUUCUUAUCAACAGCUAUUUAAUUAAAAGUAAUAACGACAAUUUACUUUAGUAUGAUGUCAACUGUUACAAAUUGAAAAUAAAGAUUAAACAAAGACGACUUUUAUCCGGCUUUACUCUGGUUAUGACAAUAUAUGCAAUACUUUAACUUGUUUUUACACCAGGAAGUCUUUUUAAGUGAAAUAAGUAUUAAAACAGUUAUUUUAUCUUGCUUUAUUCUGGUUUUUACCAAAAUUAGAUUAGUUAAAACAAUAAUAAUUUCUGAAUCUCAAGACUUUGUCAUUUAACACUUUCCCACCGUCCAUCAAUGAUUAAUAUAUGAUUCUUUGUAAAAAGUUUAACUGUUAAAAUCAUAAAGAAACUGUUUUGCAUAUUGCCUAGAUCUUAUAUAUAUGUGUGCACGCUGUAAUAUUUACAGAAAACAGUUUAAAGAUAUAUGAUUACU